AUGUCGAAAUCUAGCAAUGUUGCUUGUACUUCGUAUCAAAAUGAAAACUUUAAGGGAGAAAAGCUGAUAUAUCCCGCUGCAUCAAGGAAUAAAGAACCAAUAUUGCAAGUCUUAAAACGAUUUAUUAUUAAUGACACAGAUAGUAUUAAUGAAGAUAGUCCAAUUUUUGUUGAGAUUGCAACAGGAUCAGAGGACGCGGUGUCAUCGUUCAUCAGCUUCGUUGCUCCGAUAUGCCGAUCUCUUCCACCGAAGCUAAAAUCGUUC